CUUGGGGAAUAGGGCUGGAGCGAAGAGCAUUUGGUUGGUGUCGUUGCAAACAUGGCGGAUACCAUGCGGGAGACUGUCUCUGCGAUGUUGAAGGGCAUCGAUAGGUAUAAUCCAGAGAAUCGUGAAACAUUGGAGCUAUACAUCGAGUUGCAGGCAAGGGACAAUGAAUACGACCUGGAGGCAAAUCUUGCAGUUCUCAAACUGUACCAAUUCAAUCCUGAAUUCUACAAGACUCAAAUUACUGCCCUCAUCCUCUUAAAAGCACUGACUAAUCUCCCGCAUACGGAUUUUGUACUCUGCAAAUGUCUCCUGGCGCAAGAACAUCUGCAAGAAAAUACCAUCUUACGAAUCAUGUACAUGGCUGAUCUGUUGGAGAUGUGUCGCUUCAAGGAAUUCUGGGAGAAGAUUCAAGAAUCACCAGACCUGGUGAUGGGUAUCACGGGUUUUGAAGACUCCAUCCGCCGAUUUAUCUGCCAUGUCAUCAACAUUACAUUCCAGCGCAUUGAGAAGACCAAAUUGGUUGACCUCCUUGGGGGCGUCUCUGAACUGAUGCUGAAAGAAUGGAGUGACAAACAUGGAUGGCGAGACAAUGGAGAUGGCUUCAUGUUCAUUGCAAAUCAGGAAGAAAAUGUGAAAACAAAGAACAUCACUGAGAAAAUAGACUUUGAGAGUGUAGCUGGAAUCAUGGCUGCUUGCAGGUGAAUCCAAUGUGGCUUCAUUGGUCUAUCAUUUUGCUGACAUGAAGGAUGUGUGGAUUCAAUAGAGUGUUGAUGGACUUCAUUCAUUGAUGAGACACUGCCCUUUUUAGGGCUUGGGAUUGGCUGGUUUUAACAACACCAAACAUUAGCACUUUUGCUAAUAUUGGCCCCUUACCCCAUCACUGAAUCAAGGC